UAAAUUUGUUUGGGUAUUGUUUCUCAAAAAUGGAUGUAGGAAAGCACGAAAACGAAGUACAGACUGAUGUGAAGCUGUUACUGGAAUGCUUAAAAUGCCAAGUCAAUAACCAGAGUGCAGUGAAACAAGCCCUUUUAACAUUGUCUUCCAUUUUCAGUACUUAUGAUUUUGUCAAAGAAUAUUUUAAAGACAUUGGAGGACUUUUGUUUCUAAUGGAUCUUCUGACUUCAGUAGAAAAUUGUGAAGUUCAAGAGAGAGCUUUAUUUUGUCUUGGUUGUGCAAUUGAAAGGAAUGUGUUUUGCCAGAAAUCCCUUACAACUUGCAACAUUUUCAAAUUCAUUCAAACAAUAUUGUCAAGAGGUUCAACUGCCAAAGUCAAGCAAGCAGCAACCUUUUUCCUCAUUAAUCUUGUUUCCAAUAAUGGCGAGGGGCAAGUUUUGGUGAAACAAAGUCAAUGUCUAUCUACUCUGAUUGAAUUGCUAAGCUUCUCAUUGCCAAUAAAUAUUAGAGAGAGUGACGCAAAUGAGCCUGGAUGUGAGUGGUUUAAUGGAUCUGGACCAACCAGUGUAGAGCUGUGGACUAGUGUAGUGAAUGCUUUGUGUGUCAGCAUUAAUAAUCCUCAAAAUGAGGAAAAUCAAAAAGUGUGUGGACUUCAACUUCCAUUCAUUCUGAAACUCUUGGAGAAGCAAAGUGAAACGUUUCUCCUGGCAAGACACUUGAUGUUUCUUCUUGGCUUUGUUGUGUCAAACAAUAAGUCCAAUCAGGAUCAGGUUAGAAGAUUAGGAGGUUUGGACAUUUUGUGUAUGAUUCUUAAACAGUGGUAUGAAAAAUCCAGCUCAGAAGUGUUGAAAGAAGUUGUUCACAUUAUCACCACCAUUGAUUCCUGCAUUUCAGAUAAUGCUGACAGUGCCAAUAUGCUGGGGAAAUCAGGAGCCAUUCAAAUAUUGGCAAAUGUCAUUCAUAAUGACUGCUUAGAUACUGAAGACAAGAUAAAAGUAACUAUUACUUUGGGACAUGCAAUGGAAAAUUCAGCAACUAAUCGAAAGUUAUUCCUAGAAGCUGGAAAUAGCCUGCAAGAUGUUGUUCACAUUUUGACAUCAUCUGAAGAUGAAGAAUUGGUAAAAGCUCUUAAAUAUGUUCUACAGAUUAGUGUUCAAAAAGAUCCAUAUAAUGACAGAGACUGGCAGCAACCAGAACCAGAUAAUAAAGGUAUUGGAGAAAACAUUUUGAAGAAAAUAAAUGAUUUAUCAAGGCGCCUUCACUCUGUAGAAGAGAGAGAAUGUGAAUUCACAAACGCUCCAAAGGCAGGCACCUUAAAUCAUUUUGAAAGCAAUAAAUCACAGCCAUGUAUGAAUAUCAAUUCUGUGGAAGGAUUCAAAACAGACAAUGAAGUGAAAAAUAGUAGUUAUCUUAAUACCUUGGAUAAAUCUGAACUUCUAAAGCAAAGUUUUGAAAAUUGUGUUAACCAAAGCAAAGAAACUUUGGAAAGAAAGCAGCGAUUGUGCGAAUCUUCUCGUAUUGAUUCACCGGCAGUUGCCACGAACACAGUUCAAAGAACAAAUGGUGACAUUUUACAACAGAAAGUUCAAAAUACCGGAUGGCAGUCUCCAAACUCAUCUGUUAAGAGUUUUGAUGUGGACCUCUCUGAAAUGACCCCCAAGAAAAACACAAAACAUAUUGGUUCCAAUAGUGAAAUGACCAAAGGAGAAUUCAAAGUUCCGCUGCAUCCUCCACCUAAGAGACGAUCAAGCUGCACGAGACUUCCUUCAGUUGCAAAUUCUAUUUCUGAUGUUGAAAGUGGCCAUGGGUUUUCUGACAUCCAGUCGGAAUUCGACUGGAAACUUUUAUCUGGUGCUUCGUAUGAAACGGGUGGGAGAGGUACAAUUGGUACACCUUCCAGUGUAUUUUCGGUCAUUCCCGUAGGAAGAUCAAAACAGCUGUAUAAAACACCUGAAACCAAUCAACUCAAACAAAACAAAUUUUGUUUUUCUGAUCCAAGGUUCAGUGUUCAGUCCGUCAACAGCAAAGAUACGGAUUUACAGUCACGCAAAGGUGAAGGCAUUUCUUGUAGAAGGAAGAUUUUACAUACCGAGAGGUUUGAUGAAGAAAGAAACUGUAUAGGAUGUAGCGGCAUCAACACAACUGAUGAUACACAGCUGAACAGCAGAACAAUCAACAUUGUCUUGGAGACUGAUCCAUACACCUGCUUGUUACACAGACAAGUCCGAGAGGUGGAGAGGAGUUAUAUACAGAAAAUGAAGAGCCAGAAGAGAGAAAGACCACUCUACGGAAAGCAGCACAAUUCCACUCCAAGUAGUCAAAUGGUGUAUGAAUUCAGCAGUGAAUCUGAACCAGAGGUUUCCGCUCCAGAUACAAUUGGGAAAAGGAGUUCAAUCUUGCAAACUUCAAAAUCCAUGAGGAAGAGGAGGCAUCGAAUUCCAUACAGUCAAGAGGAAGUUGAUAAUUUGUUAGAGGGAGUUCAAAAUUUAGGAAAGUUUUGGUGCCAGAUUCUUGCAACAUACAAAUUUCAUCCUUCUAGAACAGCUGUAGAUUUAAUGGAAAAGUUCAAAAGACUGUCGAAGACAACAAAUGCUCCAAGAGCAAAUGGAAGUUUAAAAAGUGUUCCAUUCUCAAUGUGUGAAGAGAGACGAUUAAUGAGAGGUGUCAUGCAGUUUGGUUACAGUUGGAAAACUAUCUUGAAUUCCUAUAAGUUUGCUAAUGUAAGAACAGCUGAAGAUUUGCGAAACAGAUGGAGAUCUAUGAAUAAAUGACAUUAUAUCUCUAUAACAUUCAAUGAUUUUGUAUGUGUGAUGUAAAAUUUAUGAUAUGUAUUUGUUAAUGCUUCUGAUGGCAUUGAGUGGUAGUGUUAGCGGUAUUUGUCUGAAUUUACGAAGGUCAGUGUUUGGCGCUUUUGGAUGUUUAACACUUUCAUUUAUCUGUAUAUCCAGUGAACCUAUCUUAAAUAACAGAAAUACUUUUUUAUUUAAAUACAUCAAUUAGACAUUAUUUUUUGUAAAUCUUGAUUUAAAGUUGAUUCAAACUAGCAUCUCAAGGGAAUAGAAAAAGGACCUUAACGGAAUUUAAAGCUCAGCAUGAAGGUUAAAAACAUAGAUGAAGGAAAGAUAUUUAGCUCACAUUUGAACUGAAAUCUCAUUAGCUUUUUUGUCACUGUUUUGUCUUCAGAAUGUAUUCAAUUUCUGUAAACAGAGGACCAGGUCCUUUUCAAUUGUACAAAUAUUUUUCGGGAAAUAAAUCUAAAAACCAAAUCAUUAAAGGGUUGCUGGUUCGUUUUCUUUUUGGACUCAUUAAGGUCUUAACAAAAUAUUAUACCGUUUUUUUAAUAGUUUAUUCUCAAUCCAUGUCAUUAUCUCUCCCCCUUAAGUGACUAUUUUUGGAAAGUGACGUGGUAUAAGCAAGAAAGUAAAUGAAAAGUGUUUUAGAUAAGUAAUGUUAUCUGUGUGUUAUCUAGAAAUGCUAUUGUAUUAAAAUUGUUAAUAUAUACGGAAAUUAAUUUUGAAGCAGAGAGAAUACCGAGAUUGACAUUUUGUAACGGAUACAAUAUACCUGUAGAAGGAAACGUCAACACUUUAAAAAAUAAAUUUUGUUCAUGUAGUAAAACGAUAAAUGAUACCGUAUAUGGUUAUGUUUGUGAAAUGUAUGAAUUUUAGUCAUGUUGUGGUAAUUAACUGAUUAAUUAAGUUAAAUUUGUAAGUCCGAAAAGCAGUGAAAUACCCUUAAGAGAAGCAUCAACUUGUAUCAAAGGAUAGAAGUCUGUACAAUACAUCUUGAUUUGUGUUAUUGCAUAUACACUAUUGUGAUACAAACAUUAUUGUAAAACACGUUUUACCUAGUUGAUAAUAUUUAAGUAAUUUUAUAUAUCAAAUGUUUGUUA